ACAGAGCUGCUCACUGAGCGUCAUGCAGGACAUCUGCUGUCCGCACAGAGCAGCGCGCAGCUCCACACGACACAAACACCGCAAAUGACUGAAAACAAGUUCCUCCACAGAAGAGGAAACGCAGGAAAUGUUUUUUUUAAUUCACUGGAUAUUUUUCAGAUGUCUGGAGAAACAGCAUUGAAGAGCUUUAACUGAGCAGACUUAUAAGGAGGCAUCUUGGCUCCUGCAGCCAUUUCCCCUGCAGGGCUGAGCUCUUUGGCUGGCUUGCCACUUCCUUAGCAGAGGGGCUGCUGGCAGGGGCAACAUUUGAGCAGGUCAUGAAGCCCCAGGAGGCAGAGCUCGUCACUGAAAUCUCAAAGUUACAAUGCAUGGUCUCGGAGCUGAAGACGGGCUUCACCAGCGCCCUGCUGGAGCUCAGUCAGAUCCAACAUGGAGACAUGUACCUGAGGGAGGAGAUGGAGGAGAACAGGAGGAGCUGCCAGAAGAAAGCUCUCCGUAUGGAGGCUCUGGUCGAGUCUCUGAGGGAGGAACUUGGAGUGAUGCGGUGUCAGAUUUUGCAGCUGUACAGUAACAGACAGAGACCUGCAGGCCAGCAGGAUGCAAAGAGCUCCACAUCCAAACCUAGAGAAAGCAGUGAAGCAGCAGAAUCGGCGGACCAGAGACCGUGUGACUGCUCGUCUGCUCCGGCAGCCUGUCUGUCCAGAGGGAAGCUGCUCCUCCACUGCUUCCUGCAGGGCCUCAAAGCAGGACUGAGUGAAGGCACAGAUGCCCGACAUCAGGUGGCGAUGCAGCUUCUGCAUUCUGAAUGGGAGUACGUGUCGACCUUAAACCAGCUGUACGACAGAUACAAGACCCCACCAGCUCACCAGAUGACUGUAGAGCCAUAUCAGACAUAUCUGAAGUUUGUGGAGCAGCUGCUGCAGCGACAUCUGCUCUUCAGAAACACCCUGCAGGAGCGACUAUCUGCCGAACACUGGAAAUCUCUGGUUGGAGACAUCCUGGUGCAGCUUAUCGGCCAAAAUGAUACAGCCUUUUCAGAUAUGUACAUCGGAUACACGACCACCCUGGCCUCGUUCCUCUCACUGGAGUUCAACAGACUGAAUAAUUCGGAGAAAAUGCAGAGCGGCCAGAUGGAGAGGGAGGAAAUGAAGCUGCUCUCCCUGCUGUUGGCACCUGUCUCUCGCAUACACAGCUACCUGAGCCACAUUCAGAACUUGCUGCAGUGGACGGGUAAGGAGCAUCCUGACUGCAGUCUCCUGUUAGGAACCGAGCGAGCGCUAAGGGGAACCUUGUCUCGCUGUCAUGUGAUCCUGGAGGAAGACGUCCGAUGGGAGGAAGGAGAAGGAUCUGGACAAAGCAGCUGCUCUGAGGCGGUGGCUGGUGGAUCCUCUGCAAACUGUUGCACCAGGAGCCAACAGACCCGAGAGUCCCAGCGAGAGUCCAACACUGCAGCUCAGAGAGACGAGCAGCCAGCUGCCAACCUCACUAACGGGGUGGGCGGCUGCCACGCCAUGCGUCUGGAGUGCUGGUCCUGCAGCCCGGUGAGGAGGAAGGGCUGUGGAGGAGACCGGGCCCUCCUGAACCAGCCGGCCCGUGACUGCGGCCACGCCUACUGCUCCCUCCUCACUCCUGACGCUGCAGCCUGGGGGGAGAACAGCGACUCAGGCCAGGGCACGUACAGCCAGACCGGGAAAGGCACCAACGGGCUGGAGGCUCCUCACACCAGCCACAGCCUGGACGACUGCGAGACGGACCCGGACGACACCUCGGCCUUCGACUACUCCUCCGUCACCUCCUGCAGCCCUGACGGCACCCUGUGCAGGGAGAUGCUGGGCAGCGGGGAGGAUGAGGAGGACAGCCAGGUGCCGGUGCUGCUGAAGCCCUCGUACAGCCAGCAGCAGCAGCAGCAGCAGCAGAGGGAGGCUCCCAGAGAGAGGACUGUGUGUCUGAGGUGGCAGAUCCCCAGAUUAACCCCUCACCCUCCCCUGAGGAACACCGCUGGGCCGUGUGCAGAGGGGGCCACGCCGUGCCUCGUCAGCUCCUACGGGAAGAGGCUGGUCAGUGUCAGGAAGGGCUCGCCUCCUCUGCAUCCAAAAAGUGCCUUCAGGCCCAUCUGGGAUGAUCCAUCCAAACAGCAGGCGGAUUCAGCUCCAGAGAAAGACAACAGACAAGGCUUCAUACCGAUUCAAGCCCAGAGGCAAAGCUUUCAGAAUUUCAACCCGAGCAGAGAAAAUCUGAGACCAGGCCUGCCUCAGCAGAGAGGGAACCACGCAGCAGCCAUGAGCGGUGGAGGAUUGUGGGACGACAGUGAGGACAGCGAGGGACCCUGCAGCACAGUUUGACCCCCCAGAGAGAGAAGAGGACUAAAGAAAACUGUUGCUCACAAAACUUUAAAGUUUCAACCAAACGUGAGCCCAGUUGUGAUUUCUCUGAUGGAUAAAGUUUCCCCAAAAAGGCCGUGACAGCAACAGGAAUGCAUGAGUGACAAAUCAGUGACCCGGAAAUAAUUUGUUUGUUCUGUUAAAGAUGAACCGUUGGCUGUUGACAUUUUUACUUGUGGGAUUAAAAUAAGAGAGCGACAUAUACAGUACUGUGUCUUAGGCAGGUAUGAAAAAAAGCUGUAAAAUAAGAAUGCUUUAAAAAACAGAAAUGUUAAUAGUUAAUUUGUAUCAAUUAACAAAAUGCAAAGUGAGUGAAGAAGAAAAAUCUAAAUUAAAUCUAUAUUUGGUGUGACCACCCUUUGCCUUCAAACCAGCAUCAAUUCUUCUAGGCAUUUUUUCACACCUGCAAAAAAGCACAGUACUGUAUAUCUGAGAAAAUCUUUAUAAUCUUUUUAAACACAGGUUGCAUUAAAUACUGAAGCAUUUCCUAGCAGAUUCACAUCUGAAAACCCCCACGUAAAAGAAAUAUUCCAGACUAUAUUGUUUCUAAACUGGAUGUGAGAUGGUAACAUGUGAAGGCAUCAAUGUCCAGCUAAAGAAAAGGUACCAAGUCAUAAUAAAUACAUUUAAUUUAUAAUUUCUCAAUCAUUUCUACUUACCCAGCUGCCCAAAGUAAAAGAAAAAACGAGAGAAAUGAGUAGUUCAGUACAAAAUAAGACUGGGUGAUUUAUUAAUCUCAUCAAGACCAUUAAUACAAAGCAGUUAAAAGGCCACAUACCAUCAAAUAAACCGACUGCUGGAUCAAGCUGUUACAGUGCCUCCAGAGGAAAACCAAUCUGUUAUUCUGUCGGGGCUGGGGUUAAAAAAAAAAAAAAAAACGAAAA